UGGGACUCGGGGUUCCUGGAGUUAAUGUCCAACUGGGGGUCUGCAGAGACCGGAUCCGAGGUGCCGCCGCUGGACGGGACUCUAAGAUGAAGUUAUGGGAUGUCGUGGCUGUCUGCCUGGUGCUGCUCCACACUGCGUCCGCAUUCCCGCUGCCCGCCGGUAAGAGGCUUCCCGAGGCGCCCGCUGAAGACCGCUCCCUCGGCCGCCGCCGUGCGCCCUUCACGCAGAGCAGUGACUCAAAUAUGCCAGAGGAUUAUCCUGAUCAGUUUGAUGAUGUCAUGGAUUUUAUUCAAGCCACCAUUAAAAGACUGAAAAGGUCACCAGAUAAACAAAUGGCAGUGUUUCCUAGAAGAGAGCGGAAUCGACAAGCUGCAGCUGCUAACCUGGAGAAUUCCAGAGGGAAAGGCCGGAGAGGCCAGAGGGGCAGAAAUCGGGGUUGUGUCUUAACUUCAGUACAUUUAAAUGUCACUGACUUGGGCUUGGGCUACGAAACCAAGGAGGAACUGAUUUUUAGGUACUGCAGCGGCUCUUGCGAUGCGGCUGAGAAUAUGUACGACAAAAUAUUAAAAAACUUAUCCAAAAGUAGAAGGCUGGUGAGUGACAAAGUGGGGCAGGCAUGUUGCAGACCCAUCGCCUUUGACGAUGACCUGUCAUUUUUAGAUGAUAACCUGGUUUACCAUAUUCUAAGAAAGCAUUCCGCUAAAAGGUGUGGAUGUAUCUGACUCCGGCUCCAGAGACUGCUGUGUAUUGCAUUCCUGCUACAGUACAAAGUAAGGGACCAAGGUUCCCAGGA